AUGGAGUCAAGAGCAUUGUAUCUACUCAUGCUCUUCUGUUUUCUCAAUGUCUGCAGUCCUCAUCCACUCAUCCAUCCCAGUAAUGGACUUCGUGAGUGUCGUAUAAACUCAACUUUAACAGCAUUAGAGGUGCUCCCAGGUGGAGGUUGGGACAACUUGCGCAACAUAGACAUGGGCCGGGUGAUGAACCUGAGCUAUUCCCAGUGCCAAACAACAGAGGAUGGUCUUUAUUUUAUUCCAGAUGAAGUCUUUGUCAUUCCACAGAAAAAGAGCGGAGUGGAAACCAACUCUGAGAUCAUUACCUCAUGGCUGGAUUACAAAAGCUCUACAUCAAGCUCCAUUAAUGCAGAUGCAUCCUUCUUUUCUGUGGUCAAUGGUAAAUUCUCAGAAGAAAACCAACGUGUGAAAACACACCAGGUGAAAGAGAAUUCUGCAACAUCGCGGGUUCAAGUACGUAACCAUCUGUACACAGUAAAUGCAUAUCCUGAUUUUACCCUGGACGCCCGGUUUGCUCACCAAGCAGAGGAAAUCGCAGACGCUAUUGAAAACAAUCAAACCCGUCAAGCUACUUAUCUGUCAGAGAAACUCAUACUUGAUUAUGGUACUCAUGUCAUCACAAGUGUUGAUGCUGGGACUACUUUGGUGCAAGAGGACUAUUUAAAAAAUUCUUAUGUCUCUAGCAGUCUUACAGACAUAUCUUCUAUCUCUGCAUCAGCAGGCAUAAACUUUUUAAGCAAAGUUACAUUUAAUAUUGGUAGCAAGGAAUCUCAGCAAACUUCUGAAACCCUCAAUUACCAGCAAAACAUUACAUAUUCUCUAAUUCAGAGCCAUGGUGGGGCUUUAUUCUACCAAGGCAUCACUCUGCAGAAGUGGCAAGAGAGCACACUCAAUAAUCUGGUGGCUAUUGACCGAUCUGGUCUGCCACUACACUAUUUCCUUAAUCCAUCCACAUUUCCUGAUCUUCCACUACCAACAGUACAUAAACUAGCUUUAUCAGUCCAAAAGGCUGCAGAGCGUUACUACAAUAUAAAUACCAUUCCAGGGUGUAUAGAUCCAGAUUCAAAAAAUUUCAAUUUUCAGGCCAAUGUGGAUGAUGCAUCCUGUAAGGGCCCAGUCACUAAUCUGAGCUUUGGUGGCAUUUACCAAACAUGCACUCCAUUGACUUCAGAUGGAAACGUUAUCUGUGAUGAACUAGCACAGAAAAAUCCAACCACUGGGGACUAUUCAUGUCUUUCACCAUACACUGCCACCCCAUUACACUCUGAGACAAUAGAACGUGGUUACAAUAAAUAUGAGUGCCACAAGCAUUGUCACUCAUGCUGGCUCAUUUUUGAUUGUUGUGACAACGUAUGUGGAAAUACUUACUAUGUCCGUCGUGCAAACAUUGACACCUACUGGUGUUCCACAAAUCAGACCACUCCUGAAUACUCUGGAUACCUCUUUGGAGGUCUUUUUGGACCAUCUUUACAAAACCCAUUGACCAAAUCACAUGGUUGUCCUCCAAAUUACUUUGCACAAACUUUUUUGGCCAAUGGCAUGAUGGUUUGCCUGAGCAAUGACUAUGAGGAAGGAACAAGAUCUUCUGUGCCAUUUGGGGGUUUCUUUAGCUGCCAGUCUGGCAACCCUCUUGGAAAUGGCCAGUACCACUGUCCACCUCAAUUCAGCCAGCAUCUUGCUGCCAUUAGUGAUGGCUGUCAGGUAUUGUACUGUGUCCAAUCAGGUGUAUUCACUGGUGGUCAGUUAAAACCUAUUCAUCUCCCACCAUUCACAAGACCAUCUCUAUUCAACAUGAUAGCCACAAACACUGUAGCUGUAAUGAUAGAAGGUGAUCAGGCCUGGGUACGAAUGGGAGAAACUAAGAUGUGGCGACUGGCAAAACCUGGUGAGGUUAAUCAAAUGGUCAGAAUGUUUGAUACCUCUUCUUCCCAGAUGUCUGGAGGUGAAAAGGCCGGUGUAGCUGUUGGUGUGAUCACUUCGAUUACUGUUGUGUUGGCAGGAACAGUCUUCUUAAUGAAAAGAAGGAGGAGGAUUUCUGGUUUCAGGGCAAGCAGCGGGUAUGAAGAGAUUAAUUGUGAGGGCCAACUUGAGAGUGCUUUAGCAGAGAGUCAGAGAGACCAACAGAAUGCAAAUGAAAACCUUACUCAAGCUCUACUAGCAUAAUUUUUAGCACAUAAUUAUGCUAGUAGAGUAAGAUUUAUAUAAGUAAGAUUUACUCAUUACUCAUUCCUUUGGAAGGUUUACUCAUUCCUUUGGAAGUAAUAUCUUGGUAGUUUUGUAAUCAGUUGAACUGCAAUCAACUACACAAUGAUUGGGAUGUGGUGAUGGGUAAUACACUGAUAUGGGUGAUGGGAAUAAGGGCUACUAUUUGAAGGUCAUAAUUAUGUACACACUUAUCAAAACAUUAUGACUUCUAUGAAUGAUGAAUGGUAUUGUGUUUGUACGUGUAUGUAGCAUGCAGAAUUCCAGCAGCAUUACUGGUGGUUCAGCGCUAAUGAGUGUGUGGUUAUGAGUGUGUUUGGUGUGUGUUCACCAUUUUGUGAAUUGGCAUGUCUACACUUAUUAUACAUUAUAUACAUCUACAGUAUAUGUAAAUACAUUGUUUUUUAAACUGUUUUUGUGAGUGUUCUCU